GUGCAAAAUCCAAAAGAGCAUUUCAUUUUACCACAAAACUUAAAACUUACCAUUCAUAUAGACUUGUAUUUUGUCACAACUCACCAAAUUCAUUUUCUUGCUUUCCAUCUCUCUCCCAAGUCCCAACCCAUUCCCUUCACUCUCACUUCCAUUUUUACUAUUACAUUCCAUUAUUACCUCUAAUUUCAAAACACCCAUCACUAUUCCCCCAAAAUUUUCCAAUUUCUUCAUCAUUUUCCUUACAUUGAAUCACAUAUUUACAGAGUACUCUGUUUUCUUCUUUACUCUCUGAACCCAUCAAGGUACUCAAGAAGCAAAUCAUGGACUCAUCACAAUCAAGAUUCAACACUUAUUACUCCACAAUUAUAUGAUCUCUUCCUCUAUGAAUCACUCAUUUUCCUCAUUCUCUAACCUUGCCACAAAAAUGGGAGCCAAACCAUUCAAAACCUUGAUCCUUUUAGUCUUCUUAUCAUACUAUUUCCCUCCAAACUUUGCAUCUCCAACGGUCGAAAAAGAUGUUCUUCUAGACUUCAAAUCCCACCUAAAAGAUCCAUCAAACCAUCUUAGUUCAUGGAACACAUCCAAUUUUCGUUGUGCAUACAAUGGAGUCACUUGUGAUACACAAACAUGGAGAGUAGUUAGUAUUUCACUUAAUAAUGCUUCAUUAUCCGGCCACAUUUCGCCUUCCUUAUGUCGUCUACAAAGCUUACGACUUCUUGAUCUAUCUGAAAACGAAAUUUCGGGGAAAAUCCCACCUCAAUUGAAUCAAUGCACUAACCUUAAAAUCCUGAACCUCACAGUGAACAGAUUAGUGGGCAGAAUUCCUGAUCUUUCGGGUUUAAGGGCCUUGGAAAAUCUUGAUUUUUCGGAUAAUUUCUUUACCGGGGAGUUUCCUUAUUGGGUUAGUAAUUUGAGAGGAUUAGUCCAAUUGGGUAUUGGGAAUAACUUCUUUACUGAAGGGACAAUCCCAGAAAGUUUAGGCAAUCUAAAGAACUUAACUUGGUUGUAUUUAUCAAACUGUAAAAGAAUUGGAGAAAUCCCAGAUUCUAUUUAUAGCCUUAAACAGCUUGAAGUAUUUGAUUUAUCCAGAAAUAGAUUAUCUGGGGUGUUAUCUGAAUCGAUUUCCGAGCUAAAAAAGAUUAGACAAAUCGAACUUUUUGGUAACAUUUUGACAGGGGAAAUCCCUGCAGGAUUAGCAAAUCUAACCCAUUUGCAACAGUUUGAUAUCUCAGCUAAUCAUUUCUUCGGGAAAUUGCCUCCUGGGAUCGAAAAUCUCGAGAACAUAACAGUUUUUCAGCUCUAUGAGAAUGAAUUUUCAGGGGAAAUUCCCCAAGGAUUCGGAGAUUGGACUAAUCUUAUUGGCUUCUCUAUAUACCGAAACAACUUUUCAGGGAAAUUCCCGGAGAACUUUGGCAGAUUUUCGCCUUUGCAAAGUAUCGACAUUUCUGAAAAUUACUUCACAGGAGAUUUUCCUCGAUACUUGUGUGAGAACCGAACCCUGAUGUUCUUGCUCGCAUUGCAAAACGACUUUUCGGGGGAGCUUCCUGUAUCGUUAGCUGAUUGUAAGACACUGCAGAGGUUCCGAAUCAGUCAGAAUCGUUUAUCAGGGGAAGUACCAGAAGGGAUAUGGUCAAUGCCGAAUGUAGGCCUAAUGGAUUUCAGUGAUAACAAUUUUACAGGUCAAAUAUCGCCUGUUAUAGGGAAUUCAGCUAGUAUGAAUCAGCUGAUUCUAGAUAACAAUCGGUUUUCAGGAUCGCUCCCAUCAGAACUCGGGAAACUUACUCGACUAGAGAGGUUAUGCUUGAGUAAUAAUUCUUUUUCGGGUGAGCUUCCUCCUCAGCUUGGGGCGUUGAAACAGUUAUCGUCUUUACAAUUGCAAGACAAUUCGUUUACUGGAUCGAUCCCACCAACGUUAAGUGAAUGCUCGAGGCUGGCUGAUCUUAAUCUUGCCGGGAAUAUGUUAGAUGGUAGUAUUCCUACUAUGCUAGCAACGAUGACUUCAUUGAACUCGCUAAAUCUUUCGAAGAACAGACUUAUGGGUUCCAUUCCUAGUAAUCUAGGAAAGUUGAAAUUGAGUAUGAUCGAUUUGUCUGAAAACCGGCUAUCAGGAAGCAUUCCACAAGAUUUGUUGGAGAUUGGCACAACUGAUUCAUUUCAAGGGAACAAAUGGUUGUGUGUUGAUGAUAAGGUUGAUAUGAGAACUUCGAUAAAUUAUGGGAUCGGAGUAUGCAAUGACGAACAAUAUCACAAGACGGGUUUCUCAAAUAAACUGAUACUAACUUGUGUUGUGCUGUCGCUCGUUGUGUUCAUCUUAUCCGUGCUGUUACUGAUCAAUUUCAGGAAGUACAGAGUUUCAAACUCGUGCUCAGAAAAUGUAUGUGAAGGAGAAGUUGACACGGAUCCAAAAUGGAAAGUCGAGUCUUUCCAUAAUUUGGAAUUUGAUGUGGAUGAGGUUUGCAAUUUGGACGAGAAGAAUUUGAUCGGAAGUGGAGGUACAGGAAAGGUAUACCGAUUGGAUCUUAAGAAAAAUGGCGGUAUAGUGGCUGUAAAACAGCUAUGGAAGGGGCCUUCAAGCAAGGUGUUAUCUGCCGAGAUAAACAUCUUGGGAACAAUUCGACAUAGGAACAUAUUGAAGCUUUAUGCCUGCUUAUUGAGAGGAAACACGGCUUUUUUGGUGUUCGAAUACAUGGAAAUGGGCAACUUGUUUCAAGUACUUCACCGGGAGAUUAAGGGUGGACAGCCUGAAUUGGAUUGGUAUAAGCGCUACAAGAUCGGUUUAGGGGUUGCAAAGGGUCUUUGUUAUCUGCAUCAUGAUUGUUCACCGCCUAUUAUUCACCGAGAUAUUAAAUGUACUAACAUUUUACUCGACAAGGAUUACGAGCCUAAGAUUGCAGAUUUUGGUGUUGCGAGAGCCACUGAUAAGUCUUCUGACUCGUCCGAGUUUAUCUGCUUUGCUGGUACUCAUGGCUAUAUGGCUCCUGAGCUAGCAUACACUCGCAAGGUGACAGAAAAGAGCGAUGUAUAUAGUUUCGGGGUUGUACUUCUCGAACUCCUAACAGGCCGAGGGCCCAUCGAGGAUCAAUAUGGAGAAGGCCGAGACAUAGUACAAUGGGUUUUAAGGUGCUUAAACAACAAAGAUUGCAACAUUCAAGUUCUAGACACAAAGAUUGUUAAUGAAAGCAUCAAAGAUGAUAUGAUGAAAGUGUUAAGGAUAGCAACACUAUGUACUACAAAGCUUCCAUCACUUCGACCUACGAUGCGAGAUGUCGUAAAGAUGCUUGUUGAUGCUGAUCCUUGCACUGUUGAGUCUGUUGAUGAUCAGUCUGAAAAGGUUCACAAGGUUUUGCUUAAGUAGUUUUCUAUGUUUUAUGCAUAAGUAUAUUGUAUAAAUUGGUCUUGAGAAACUAAAUGUAUGAUUUGAGUCGUAAGACUAGUAUUUAGUGUAUUAGUAUAUUUAUAUGUACUUAGGAGAAUUGCGAAAUUUUAAUUAGAAAUUGUGAACAAACUUAGGGCUGUUUGGUAUGGGAAUAUAAAAUGUAAUGCAAAGGAAAAUGAUAAAAAAGAGUAAGGGUAAAGGUAUAGGUUAUAGUUAUAUGUUGUUUGGUAUGAAAAUAUAAGGGAAACACUUAAUUGAUCAUAGAAAGGGAAUUUGUUACUUGACAUAAAUGGAUGGUAACAAAGUAAGGGUAUCUAUUACCCUCAAGAAAGGGAUUGGGUUAACCUAAUAUCAUACCAAACAAAUAUGUGGAGUAAUGGUAAUUGAAUCCCUUACUUAGUAUUAAAAAAUUCAUACCAAACACCCCUUAAUGUUUAAAUGAUCAUGAUGAUAAAUAUGAUAAUAAAGCUAAUAAUUCAUACAUAGGACAAAGAUAAGGAUUAAGGGCAAUGUCGUUCUUGACUAGUUUU